AUGCCGAGGGGAUUCUUGGUAAAGAGGAACAGAAAGAACUGCGGGUCUUAUCGGAUCCCUGGUGAUGAAACUGGACCUCCCAACGCACUGCCUUUUCCAUCAGUUUUGGAUGUCAUUACCCCUUAUUGCACAUCUUCUUCACCUACGAAUUUUGAAUUUGUGACAGGAUCUGCUGAAAAGGAUCAAACUCAACAAACAGCAGAUAUCCAUGAAGGGCUAUCCCAAGCAACCUCUGAUAAAGGGAUAGUCAAGGCUACUGUCAGGCUAGAGGAGACUGAACACUGGAAUCAACUUCCAUUCAAUCCAGUUAAACCGGUAGUUUUAGACACAAAUACGACUUUCUUUAAAAAGUUGUUGAACUCCCCAACUAACGUGGAGUCAUUCCAGUUAGCCCCUUCCUUUGCUUCCAUGGAGAAACUUCUGAUUCAGCAUAACCCAUUCAUCACACCAGAAGCAAAAGUACAUGCAAGUGUAUCUACUAAAGAAGCAACCCGGCCCUACAAACUCUCCUCUAAGAAAAACAAAGUCUCAAGAAAAUUAAAUUUCGCAGAUGAAGUCACUACUUCCCCCGUGCUUGGACUGAAAAUCAAAGCUGAAGAGCCAGAUCGGAAAUCUCGUAGCCCCCAGGUCAAGCGCCCGCCUCUUGGGGAAUUCAUCUGUCAGCUUUGUAAAGAGCAGUACCCAGAUCCCUUUGCUUUGGCCCAGCAUAAGUGCUCCAGGAUUGUGCGAGUUGAAUAUCGCUGCCCUGAAUGUGAUAAGAUUUUCAGCUGCCCUGCUAACUUAGCCUCACAUAGGAGGUGGCACAAGCCUAGGACACUGAACAGUGACGGACAAGGAGGAAAAAAGAUACAGAUACCACCAGAAGGGAAAGAAAAUAGCAGCGGCCGGAACGCUUUGCUGCCUCUUCAGGACCAACAGAGUGCACGAAUUCAGCACCUGCAGGCUGUGGACAGCUCCCCGUUGAUUUUUACAGAUCAGCACCACCGUCCUGGGAACAGCUCCUUUCCAAGCAGAGAGGAGGCUCAUACACCUGCUCUUCCUCUGUCUGAUGACGAUGAAGCCUUUGACUGCCUAUACUGCAAUAAGAGGUUCCGCAGACAUGCUUACUUACGCAAACACCUGCUCACACAUCAGCCCUUCAGCCCACUGGAGCGGGGGCAGCUCUCCUUUCCGUGUACUUUCCCCACUGUUGACAUCAGAGACAAGCACAGAUUGUGGCAUGCAGUGAGAGAUGAACUUCUGAUCCCUUUAGGUCAGGAAGAAGCAAUGCUGGCUGAAGGAGGGCAGCAGCUAUUUCCAUGUGAACUGUGUCCUACGGCGUUCUUCAGCUCACCCGGACUUACAAUGCACAAAAACAAGUGUCAUUCUCCUGAAAGCAGGCAGAAUAUCCCUAAACAAAUCCCACUUUGA